AUGGGGAAAAAUAAAAAUAUACCUCUUAGCCGUAGAACCAAAAAAAGACGUAUUGCAGAUCAAAUAUCAAUAAUGACUAGAAGUCUUCAAGCUAACCAUCCUAUUAUUUCUUCAACUUCUCAUAAAAGUCCAGAAUUGAUACACCACAGCUCAGAUAUUUCUGAGAAUGAAUUUAUUCAAUGUAAUGAACUGCACAAUAUUUUACCAGAUGAUCUUAUUUCGGAUAAUCAAAGACCUGCUUUAUCUUCAGAAGACGAAUUAGUCAAAACGAGUAAUUCAUUAGAACAAUUUAUUGAAAAUGUGAGAAUAUGGGCUUCAAACUUUAAAAUCUCAAACAAUUCGCUUGAUGCACUUUUAAUUAUAUUGAAAGAACAUAAAUGUUUUCAACAACUUCCUAGAACUGCUAGGACUGUAAUGCAGACAAAACCAAUAGAUAUUAAUAAUAUGCAUAUAGUAGAGCCUGGUCACUAUUAUCAUUUUGGAAUUAAAAAAGGUAUUAAACGGUAUUUACCUAAUGAAUUUGAAGGAUUUGAUAUUAAAAUUGUUAUUGGAGUAGAUGGACUUCCCAUUUCAAAAUCUAAUUCAAACCAAUUUUGGCCUAUACUAGCCUAUAUUAGACCAAGUAGUGCAGUUUUUCCCAUUGGAAUAUAUUUUGGUAAAUUGAAACCAAAAGAUAGCUAUCAAUUUUUGGAUGAAAUGUGUAAAGAGGCAAGUGAACUUAUCAGUUAUCACAAAUAG